AUGGAUGCAAAUAUUGUAGAAAAUAAACUCCAAGCUCUGAAGGAUCCUGGAAAAGCAACCGCUAAGCAGUUUUUGAGCGACAUCGCCACUUAUAGGGACCACCAGCUCUUCAAGUUAAUCACUGCGGAUUCGCCUGGUGUCACGGGUUUUGACGACGAUUUUGCUGACGUUGUAAUCACACCCAGCUAUUUGAGAAGAGUUCUCGCUCCACAAACCUGUGCUAUCAGUAAGCAAGAGCUCGUCCAUCUGGUGAAAAGCGACCACAUUCAGAAACUACACGAAGUUGAGGACACUGGCAACGCUGAUAAGGCAGAGUCGGAGGUCACCAAAGAGUUGGAGCCGGCUGUAGAACAGAUAAAGGAAAAAGGUGACAAUGAAGUCGACUUCGUAGAGAGAAAGUUUUUACCAUUUCCUGAGUCGAAUCAAAUUCUCAUUAUUCGCAAGCACUCUUUGCCGUCUAACGAGUUUACAGCUGAGUUGUCUGCUCCAAUUUUCACUUGUUUGAUUAACGCUUAUGGCCGACUUCAUUUCGUUGAAGAAAAUAAAGUGGUCUGCUUGCCAAAAUUGCUGUCAGAAAUGUCGUUAAAACCUGGUCACUCCAUUGAGCUGUCCUGUGCUGACGUAUGCCUGCCAGAUUCUGAUGGGUGUCUAGCUAUGCUCGCUACUUGCUGGGUUGAGCUCAACGAACACUUCUGUCCUUGCCGAUUUUUCGGAGCCAUGUUCAAAAUAUCACCGACUCUUCACAUCGAAUUGACUCACGAGGUAUAA